AUAACAUGCAUUCGUAUCCCGGUUCGUAGAUUGGAUGGACAUCAAUGCACCUGUUUAUUCCAAACGGACCCAAGUGUUUUCCCCACGGAGAUUCCCUGGCCCUCUUGGGAUUUCUCUUACAGAGAGUUUCAACGUUUCUCUAGUUAAAUUCACGUCCAUGGUUGUCUACAUAUGUCGAUAUCAGUGACACCAUAUCACGUCUCUCUAUCGCUGAUCUGUGUUCAUUUGUGGAUAGAUGAAGAGGACGUUCAAUUUGUUCAGUGUAAUAGGUCCCGCAGUUGGUGCAAUUUAUUUUGUAAAUGAUGUCCCAUUUUUCUUCUUUCGUUGUUGUGUCUUUUGGUUCGUAUAGAAUGAAAUCGAGUGGUUGCAUUGGUUUGUGGGCGACGAUUAUUCCAAGGCGCUUUAGAGCCCUUGUGAUGAUUUCUGAGAUGAGUUUCGCACAUCGUAGGGCGAUCUGUUUCUUGGUUGCUAGAGUUGGUUUGUUUGACUCCUGUGAUUAGUGUCUGGACAUAAUUCGUUUUGUAUGCUGUUGUGUUGCUGCUUUUGUAGCGUUUAAUACUUGCUUUGUGUACCAUAGUUUUCUCCAUACUUGUUUUUAUUGUUCCUCUGUAGCCUAAAAUAUCAAAGAACAAGACCCUGUCUUCUGUUUCUUUUAUUGUAAAUUUGCUGUAGUUGUUAACGUCGACCAACCUACGAAUGUUUGCAAGCUGAUCUCUUUUCAGGAUAACUAACAUGUCACCUGCGUAACCUCUUUUAAAUUGAUGUAAUCAUAAAACUAAACCGGAUAUACCUGAAGCCCAGGGUGUGUUGUUCGCCUCCACGUUUACUCAUAAGGCUAAUCCACUAACAUCAUGAGUUGAACUUAGAACUUAGUGGGUCGUGGUUGUAGAUACUGUCUAUAGAGCUGUCGAUUACUCAAGAGAUGAAAUCUUUAGUUGAAGUGGAGAUACAUGCUCACGAUUAUUACCAGUGUCACCAAUUUCGGGGGUAGAUCUAUAUAAUAAGACUAGCGCUGUCGAUCGUCUACUCAACAAUGUGUACUUUUUCAAGAAAUUUUUGACUACAUUUUAUAGAUCCAGCUCAACAAAAAAUGAAGUUUAUGAAAUACAUUUUUCCUCUCUCUUGCUUCGACACUGUAGAAACAGUAUGGGAAAAUUACAAAACUGUGCAUUUAGGUGAAAAAGUGUUUGACAUGAAUGCAUGAAAUUUCAUAACGUUAUAUGCUAGCUUAAAUCUUAAAAAAUGAAAAAGUGUUCACGUGAUCUAAUAGAUCAUCUUGUUUUAUUAUUUCGAGCUUAUCUCUAAAAACUUAGGGAAGGUUCACAUUCAUCUAAGUUAUAACUUAGGUUCGUAUAACCAGAUUUACAUAUGUCUUUGGUGUUGUUCUUUGUUUAUCAGCACACAUCUACAAUACAUCUGUUUUCUAUUUUUCAACCCACCAGUUUACUUCAGCGUGUGAUAUUAAGAUCUUAUCUUGCAGUCUUUGGUUCUUAUGAACCAUGUUGAUCCCUGAGGACCAAAUAUGGAUGGUCGUUGUUGGUUUUAUAAUAGCUUUUAUUCUUGCUUUUGGAAUUGGUGCAAAUGAUGUGGCAAAUUCAUUCGGGACUAGUGUUGGGGCCAAAGUAUUAACACUGAAACAAGCUUGUAUUCUUGCCACAAUCUGUGAAUUAAGUGGUUCUGUUCUUUUAGGUGCCAAAGUUUCCAAUACCAUACGGAAAGGUAUUGUUAGUGUCGAACUUUUUCAAACCAUCGACAACGGGCAUGUACUCUUGAUGGCCGGACAGGUUGCUGCUCUGGGUGGUUCUUGUAUUUGGCUUUUGGUUGCUACAUUCUUCCGUCUUCCAGUCUCUGGCACACAUAGUAUUGUAGGUGCAACGAUGGGUUUUAGUCUUGUUGUCUUUGGACUCAAUGCUAUUCAAUGGAAAGGACUACUCAAAAUUGUUGGAUCAUGGUUUCUCUCACCUCUUCUAAGCGGUUUGGCAUCUAUCGGAGUAUUUUUCCUAAUGCGUUUUAUGGUGCUCAGAAAAGAAGAUCCUCUUGAACCUGCACUUAGACUUAUCCCCGGUUUUUUCGGAACAGUGGUUCUGGUCAAUAGUUUUUCAAUAUUUUACGAAGGACCUUCAUUGCUGAAAUUCGAUAGAAUACCUCUUUAUGGAAUAUUUAUAAUUAGCUGUGGUUUAGGUAUUAUCACUGUCCUACUUGUGAAGUUUGUUUGGGUACCUUUGGUUCGUCGACAUAUUUUAACUGGAGAAUCGAGUGGACAUAUUUUAAAAGGCUAUUUUUCCCGUAAGAGCAAAAAGAAAUUGUCUGUCGCUGUAGACGAUAAGUAUCAAUCUGUUGAGGAUAAUAAAUCUUCCAAAGUUUCAAGCAGUAAUCAUGAAUCGAUUGAUAUGGAUACGUAUGUCCUUCACGCAGAUGGAGAGGCUGUGGUUGGAUUUCGAAACAAUGUUGCUAGAGGAAAUACAGAUGACAAGGACAAACUUGGACGAUUUACUAGUGAAAAUAAUGGUGUAUUGCAGGGAUUAGAAAAUCAAAAUAAAGUUUCAAGUCAUUUCGAAGUGAAACCAAGUAAUCCUGAUGAAACAGUUCAUAAAAGAAAUCAGUUAAAUAGGGUUUUGGAUUAUUCACCAAAUGAUCAAAAUGCCAUCACGGAUGGUAGUCAUAAUUUAACGAAUGGUAAAAUGAAUGUAUCGUUUCCUCCUAACCUGUCUACAAUUGGUGAAGAACCAGAUCCUAUCGAUUCAGUUAAAGAUCGUCCUGCUGAAGCUCAAGUUUUCUCUUCUUUACAAAUUUUAACAGCUGUUUUUGGAUCAUUUGCUCAUGGUGGUAAUGAUGUAAGUAAUGCUAUCGGACCGUUGAUUGGUUUAUGGCUUAUUGCCACAACACAAUCAGUUGAUUCAUCGAAAACUACAGAUAUUUGGAUUUUGGUUUAUGGUGGUGUUGGUAUAUCAGUUGGUCUUUGGAUAUGGGGUAGACGAGUUAUUCAAACAUUAGGUGAAGAUCUAACGAAAAUAUCACCUUCCAGUGGUGUUUGUAUUGAAAUUGGUUCAGCCCUAACUGUAUUAAUUGCUAGUAAAAUUGGUCUACCAAUAUCAACUACACAUUGUAAAGUUGGUUCAGUCGUAUUUGUUGGACGUGCACGUUCUAGAGACAAUGUUAAUUGGGGUAUAUUUCGUAAUAUUCUAAUUGCAUGGUUGGUAACCUUACCCGCUGCUGGUGCUAUCUCUGCUUUACUCAUGUAUAUAUUUACAUUUGUUGUAUGAAUUUUGUUUAUUAAAUUAUUAUUGAUAAGUAUUUUAUGAUUAAAAAAUUCGCUUUUGUAAGUAAAAAAGCGAACAGAAUCAACUAAAUCUCAGAAAUCCAUAAUGUAACUUCUUGUUUGUAUCCUCAUUCAUUGUGAGCGAACUGAUUGAUUUUUUCUGCUCACUUCAUUUACUUACUAGAUUUCUACUGUUUUUGUUCGUUUUUUCGUUCAACACAUCCGCUUGUAAACAUAUAUACACAUACAUAGAAUAGAAAAACAGUUACUUUACUCCCUCGUUAUCAUUACUAUUGAUAACUGAUUUUGUAUUAAUUAGAUAAAUGUUCUUACUAGUAAAAGUGGUGAUGGUUUAUCUAGUUGAUGUUCUGUUUGAAAAUAAAAGUUCCUUUAAUCUCUCACUUUCUUUAUUACGUUCAACGUCUGUCGACAUGGUACCCUGUUCACCAUUUAACACUGUACACAGUUUACUCACAUGCAUACACUUAAACAGAGACAAGGAAUAGUAGAAAAAACAGAUUUGUAGCAACAUUUUUUUUGAAUUGUAACAUAAAACAUUAUUAUUUACUUAUAAUUUUGUUUUUAUCAACUAACAUUAGUGAAAGAAAUUUUUAUUUUUCUAGUUACUACUUGCUUGAUAAGUUGUUUGUUUAAUGAGAAGUUACUAUUAAUUACUAAUUUAUGAUGUGAUUCAAUUAACUAAUUAAUUAAUUAAGAGAACCUUUGAAAAGUUUUU